AUGGCAGGACUGGAGGGCAGAGGGGUGUGUGGGUUGGUAGAUGAGACGCCUGGUCACGACUCUUUGAAGUUGAACUCCAAAGCCAGAGCAUACGCCCUGGAGCCGGGGAGACGGGGGGUGAAGGGGCGAGGAACCUGCUUCCGAAAAACCGUGGCCCGUAUCCCCGGGGACAAGGCUGCUCAGGGGUGGUCUGGGAGCGCUACCGGCAACAGCGAUGUAGCAACAGUGCCCUCUGGUGCCAGAGGGGCGUGGGCGUUGCGGAACAGCAGCAUCGACACAGGCGACCUGGAAGUGGGACGGCGGGUGACCCAGGAAGUGCCGCCCGGAGUGUUCUGGAGGUCCCUGCUCCACCUCAAACAGCCCCAGUUCCUCAAGUUCAACAUCUCCCUGGGCAAGGACGCCCUGUUUGGGGUCUACAUCCGCAAAGGCCUGCCCCCCUCCCAUGCCCAGUAUGACUACAUGGAGCGCCUGGACGGGAAGGAGAAGUGGAGUGUGGUGGAGUCGCCACGGGAACGGCGCAGCAUCCAGACGGUGGUCCAGAAUGAGGCGGUGUUCGUGCAGUACCUGGACGCCGGCAUCUGGCACCUGGCCUUCUACAACGACGGCAAAGAGAAGGAGUCCGUCUCCUUCAGCACCGCCAUAAUGGACUCCAUCCAAGAGUGCCCGAGGAAUUGCCAUGGCAAUGGAGAGUGCGUGUCCGGAGUGUGUCAUUGCUUCCCUGGAUUUCAUGGCAUGGACUGCUCUAAAGCGGCCUGCCCUGUCUUGUGCAGUGGUAAUGGCCAGUAUGAUAAGGGCUCGUGCAUCUGCUACAGCGGCUGGAAGGGCCCCGAGUGUGACGUUCCUGUCAGCCAGUGCAUCGACCCCGUGUGCAGUGGUCACGGCUCCUGCACCGAGGGCACCUGCGUCUGCUCACUGGGCUACAAGGGAGACAGCUGCGCCGAGGUGGAUUGCCUGGAUCCCACCUGCUCUAACAACGGUAUCUGUGUGAAUGGGGAGUGCCACUGUAAGCCGGGCUGGGGGGGCCCGCACUGCGAGCUGCCGCGUGCCCAGUGCCCGGACCAAUGCCACGGGCACGGGGCCUUCAUCCCCGACACGGGCCUCUGCAGUUGCGACCCCAACUGGAUGGGCCCCGAUUGCUCUGUCGGUCAGUGUCUGUCAAACCGCUUGUGUGUGUGUUUAUGUGACGUGUGUGUAUAA